UGAUCAUUGAACCUCACAGCAGGUUGGGGCAGAAGAGCGCAGCGCAGCGCAGAGCAUGGUGAAGCUGACAGAAACUCUGUGGGGCUGAAGGUUUCCUCCACCAUCUGUCUCCUCAGGAGGAACCAUAAAGCUGCUCCUCCAUCGCCCAUAGGCUGGGAUCUAAAUGACAAGGAGGCAGAAAGUCAUCCACUGAUACUAUGGAGAGCAAGGCUGUACUUCGCUGUAAGAUUGUGGUGGUUGGAGACUCACGGUGUGGGAAAACGGCUCUCCUUCAUGUUUUUGCCAAAGACUCGUAUCCAGAGAACUAUGUUCCCACCGUGUUUGAGAAUUACACAGCCAGCUUUGAGAUCGACAAGCAGAGGAUCGAGCUCAACAUGUGGGACACUUCAGGUUCAGCCUACUAUGACAAUGUGCGGCCAUUAGCGUAUCCCGACUCGGACGCUGUGCUUAUCUGCUUUGACAUCAGCAGUCCGGAUAGCCUGGACAGCGUGGUAAAAAAGUGGCAAGCUGAGAAGAAGGAGUUCUGCCCGAAUGCCAAAGUGGUUUUGGUCGGCUGCAAGCUGGACAUGAGGACAGACGUCAGCGUCAUGAGAGAGCUUUCCAAACAGAGACAGAUCCCCGUUACUCACGAGCAGGGCACCAAUUUGGCGAGGCAGAUUGGCGCCGUGGCCUAUACUGAGUGCACUUCGAAGUAUUCUGAAAACAGCGUCCGCGAUGUGUUCCACAUCACCACGCUGGCCUCUGUGUUCAACGUCCAUCGGCCUCAGCUCAAAUCUGUGACCACACGUCGCACCAACAAGCGGACCUCACAGCAGCCUCCUCGGACUGAGAUGCUCGGGGACCCGCCUGUCAUUAGGAAAGACCGAGCCAAAAGCUGUGUGCUCAUGUAGCAGCAGAGCCUGCUGAUAGCCUGAUCUGUGUCUGCUAAUGGACAUGAGCUCCACUGCACAUAAACUUUUAUAAUUUAUCUGUGAGUUCUUGUCAAACACUGACACCGCAGUAAGAGAAAUAUGGCAAAAAAAAACAAGAAUGGAGUCCCAUAGGGCUCUUAUUUUGUCAGUUUUUUUGCAAAACUCUGCUUUAAAUUUUUCUUUGUGCCUGUGCUAUCAUACCAUGGAAGCCACUAUAGCAACUGAAGCUAUUUUUUGUCAAGGAUUUUACAUGAAAAAGGACAGAAUCAGACUGGUUAAAGAAAUAAAAACAGCAAAGUCAGUGAUGAGAAUAAAUUAAUAGUUUUAGAUUUGAAAUCCUGUCUUUGACUUCAUUUGUCUGAGGAAAUCAAGCACAAUAAAAUGCAAGAAUCUUUGGUUUUUCCUCAUUUAAACUGAAAAUCUGGGCAUAAAUAAAUACAAAAUACAAAAAGACUGAUGCACUGAUAUGACAAAUUGUCUCAGACCACAAGUGCUUUAAAAUAGAAAAUUGCAUAAUAAAAUAAUCUGAAGUGCUAUGUACUUACUUGUGUUCUAAUUACAGAGGGAAUUUGGGGCGUUGCACAUUAUAUUGUACAUGCAGUAAUAAAAUAAAAUAAAAAAACUUGGUCUGCUUAGUUUAAAAAAAUAUAUUUUCUCUCAUUUAUUCAACAGCGUUCAGGUACAUUUCAGGUGCUCUAAUUCAGAUUAAAAUUACAAAAGAAGAUGUCAAACUAAAUAAUUAUUAAAAAUGUAAAAUGGUAAAAAAAAAAUUCAAACAAAUUAAAAGGUAAAAAGAGUUCAAUUAAUUCUAAAAAAGUGAAAAUACAAAAUAAAAAUUCAAAUGUUGCAUCUUUCAAUUUAAAAACAUGGUAUUUGUUAUGGGUUUAUUAAACUCCAGUUUACACCUGACAAGCAGAACAACCUAUUACCAUUAAAACAUUAAGGCUGAACCUCCCAGUGUCUUUGUAACCAGUCAUUCUUGCAGCAGUCGGGUGUGGAUUCCUGUAGCUAGUAUUUUUUUAUUUUUUGGGGGGGUAUUUUUUUGUGUGCAAACCCCUGGGAAUGACAUCUGCACCGUUAAAUGCUCGCUACAUACAGUGCCUUGUAAAGAUGUAUUUUGUAUGUAGAUGUAUGUAUUUUUAUUAACAUCACAAACGGUAAACAAUUGUGAUGUGGAAGAAAAAACGUAAAUGUUUCCUCAUUUUUUUUCCUUCACCAAUUAAAAUUUGAAUUGUGUUAAAAGGAUUUGAGCUUGUAAAAAUGUACAAUGCAUCUUUCCUGUGCCCCCCUCUAUUCUGAUAUGCAAAAAUAAAGUCCACUAAUAAUUAAA